AAAGUCAUAUAGUUUGAAAGAUUAUACUUCUUAGUAAUAAUCAUCAAAAAUGAAGAAUUUCAUAAUUAUUUGCUGCGUAUUGGUUGCCAAUUUCGGUCAAAUAAGAUCGAUGGCAAUAACACAUUCUUCAUGUCCCAAGACUAGUUCCGACCACCCUAAACUCAACUAUACCCGUAAACCUGAGAAUAUCUCUGAGAUUUUAGGACACUAUUUCGGAUGUGUAUACAGUCCCAGUACUCCUGUCCCUACCGAAUCAAAAGAGUGUAUUAGACUAAAUGUGAAACCCCAUGGACAGAGCGGUUGGGAACUACAUUUAACUGCACUUCCAAAAAAAACUGGCGAACAGAAGAAUGAAUCAGUGAAAAAAUCAUGGAACAGCCCUUUAGUAAGUUACAUCCCACUGGACCUCCAUAGUAAAUACAUCAUCUAUUUUGGAUGCACUGAAAACCAAGAAGAUUGGUGGAUUGAAUAUUACGCAAGAACUCUUGAACUUUGCUCAGAGUACAGAUACAAACUAGAUGAAAAAAUGCAAAAAUAUAAUCUUACUUCCAUACCUUUGGUCAAUCUUAGUCACAAAAAUUGCGACUAAUAUAAAGUUUAAAUUGAGUCAUUCAAUUUUACAUGUUAUGCAACACGGCAGCGAUUUUAAUAAAAUUAUUCCAAAUUGUAUUUCAAAUCAAACCAAACAAUUGAAAGGACAAUUUAUUGUUUCUUUCUAAUUUUAUAGUAUCACAUGAUUGUACAACACAAAAAAAUUAUUUUAAUUCUCAAAAUAAAAAAAAUAUAAUUUCAA